AUGCACGUCGAAGGAGAUCAGGAUAACUCCAUCCAUCGCCCGACUGACCCAGAUGGCCUGGUGUUGGAAGCUUGGGCGCAGGGCUUCAUGGUUGGAGGUCUACUGUUUAUGAUCGCAAUCACCAUUGCCAACAUGAGACGAAAAGCGUUGCUUCACAAGCUCAUUCUCCUAGAGUUGAUUCUCGGGAUGAGCCAUGGUACCUUUUUGUUUGCCCACGAGCCGGUCUAUGGCUGGUACCUCUCAAUCACGGCAGUCGGGCUAAACAUGUCUUGGAGUUUGCAUAAUGUGAUUGCCUGGAUGAAGAAUAAACCGUUUCUUACCUACCGGGUCUCGAUGUUCUAUAUCGGCACCGUCAUUCUGGCCCAGAUCUAUUGGGUUAUCGAGAUCUAUGCAAACUUCGCUUUCUUCAACAAUAUUAACAUGCUCUUCUUGAAGACACGGCCGUGGGAGCCUCUCUUCCGGUAA